UGAUGAUUUCGCGAAAGGUCGUUCUCGAAAAUGGCCGCAUCGGGAGGUAAUAUAGAAUGGUCUACCACUGUUAAACCGAUUUUAACAGCGCUAUAUGGCCCGUUUUUCGACAAAAACGACGCUGUAGAAAUUAUACAAGCUAUAAUAAAAAGUGAGAACGAAUUUCAAAACCAUGAAGAUACCUACGAUUUAUUCUACACAUGCUUUGCGUGUCUCUCUGCUCACUUCAUAAGCAUCAAUGCAAAUAAUUUACCUGCUGACCAGCUCAGCACUGCACAAGAUGCAUUCAGGAUUAUACUGCAGCAAAUACUCAAAAAGUUAUCUGAAGCCGGACUGAGUCAGGAUGACACGUCAAAUACGGCUGCUCCUAAUGUAUCCGUGAAACAGCUCCUUCUACCAAUUGUUGGAUUAUGUGGGAUCGAUGGAGGUGGAUACCCACCAUCAGACCUUGUUAUUUUGACAUCUUUGCUUAAAAAUGCAAAGUUACCAGCUCAUGUAAAUGUAACAGAAAACCAAACGACAAAAUCGUCAGUAAUUCCAAGCCCAAUUACGUCGCUCGCAUCUCAAACGUCGUCAUCUGAGAAACAACAGCCGACUACGGCGCAGCGCCGCUCAGAUGCAUUAUUGGAACAAUUGACUAUACCGUUGAGAAGCCAAAUGUCGUCCAUGACGUCACCGGCUCAGCCUGUAGGUGCAAUGACUCCCGGAAGUAAGGACAGUGUGGAGAGCGCUAAGGAUGGAAGUUCCCAACAGGCCGUGAUUGAUAUGAAGAAGUGGGUUGCAUCUACGUGUGCAUCACUACUAAUGGAGCUGAGAGCAGGCUCAGUGGUGCUCAAAGUUUGCUCGUCCCUGCCUUGCCUACAGCGUUACUUGAAUAGAUGGCAAACAGCAAAAGAAUCUAACCUAGCACCACAGUUUAACUCUGAUGCCUCACUUCUCCAUUUUCUGGUUAACGAAGUGCAUGUCUGCCGGCUUGCGUUGUCUUUGCCGUGUUUAGAACCGUUUACGUCAGAUCGUAUUGCUACGCUCAGUGAUGUCAGCACAGCUUGGUUGUUGUGUGCUACGGCACAGGCAACCCUACAUCAAAAAGACGAGGAAAGUGAACAGCAAACGGCAACGUUAGUCGAGAGUGCACUCAGCUUGUACAACACUGUUGGGGAAACUUUUAAACAAUCAACUCGUGCAGGAGGAUAUGUAUACCAAAACCAUCUCAUGAUUGGUGCGUGGGUUCUAGUAUGCGGUUUACACCACGCCCUAGGUGGCGCUCCAGGACCAACUCCGCCUGGCAAGAGCCCGGCCAAGACUGCUUCUAGACCUUACAACUUGACGAAAAUGCAACAAGGGCUCGGCGUAGUCUGGGUGGCAUUGGGAGGGCGGUGCCUCGCGUGGGCGGGUGCUCUACUCGCAGACGCGCGGCUCGAAGCCCUAAGCGCGCCCUCGGACUCCGCCCCCGCGCCUGCGCCACUCGACAUACUGAGUCACCAUACCGCGCACCAUAGAGAGUUGAGGAUAGCCUCUGCAGCUCCGUUGCACCAGUUACUAGUCGCGCUCGGGGUGGUCUGCUACCGCAAAGCGACGAACCUGAAGCGCGCGGUGGUGCAAAAGAACCAGGACGCCGACCCUGACCGAUCGGACUCCACCGUCUACUUCCAGGACAUGAUCCUAUGCUCUGAGGAUUCGGAGACUGAUGAUGAAGACAGCGAACCACUGUUGGGCUUAUGGUUUGAAUCAACAUUGGUGGCGCCAGACGCUAACGACAACGGCUUCACUCGUUUGGGAGCGGCCGAAAUUAGCGAAAAACCAGACAAUACAAGAUCACAACAGGGCAUUGUGCCUGACAAAGCGGAACCGUAUUCUUACAUAGCGCUCGCGACGGAAGUGUUCACGCUGCUCACGGAGGAGAUGAUCAGCGGCGGCGCGGAGCGGCUCGGCGGCGCGGCGCUGCACCUGCACGACGCGCACCACGCGCUGCUGGCCGCGCUCGCGAGGGACCUCGACCGCGAGACCGCGAGGACUGAUACUGGCACAAUAUCGCCCUGUUUCGGCGCCCGUCUCGGCGCGCUGUACACGGCGUUCAGUUCGGCGCUAGUGCGCUAUUUGCACAACUUGAGUGGCUCGCCGGCGUUCGCCGCGUUGCAGCCGUCGUUGCAGCAGCAGCUGCUGUCCACUGAACGGGCCAAUAUGACGCCCUUGCAAGUGGGCCCGCGCGUGAUCAAGCUGUGCGGCGGCAUGGUGCUGGCGCGCGCGGCGGCGGACCGCGAGAACAGCGUGCUGGUGAUGUGGCACAAGCUGGUGAGCACGCUGCAGGACUGCGCGCUGCAGCCGCAGCCGCCGCACGACCACGACUAUGAAGGUGACGCUCUUGAUCACGACUUGAAUGUGGAGCACGCUCAAAUGAUGGUCUACCUGUUCCACUCGCUAACGCUGAUGCAGAAGAAAUCCGUACUGCUGAUGACGGCGAACGCUAUUAUAAAGAUUGUGGAGACGUUAGGAAUAAACGACAGGAAGCGCGCAAUGAACUUGGCGCCACACCAGCUGAUGUUGACUACGCGACUGAUGCUGUUAUUGGAAUACUUGAUGAAACAUUUGUAUGACGCCCCACAAACAUUGUUGCAACAGAUCGAAUGGAAUCUCGUGAUAGCGCCAGGGCUGGCACAACCAUCGUUCGACGCGUCGACCAGCGAAAUGAAAACGACCACGGAUAGUGGGCAGAUGAAAACGCGCAUCUAUUGUGAGGUCCCGUUCAUAGAGGAGACGUACAGGCGCCUCUCGCAAGAUGAAACGUCCAUGCGACCCAAGUUCUACGCUUUGACGAACGCUAAGAUCAAUAAUCAGGAAAAUCCCAAAUUCGACGGUCUAGCAUGCAACUUCGUGCUCGGCACCCCGCACAAGCUGAAAUAUCCUUUACUAGUGGACGCGUUGCUCGCGCUACUGAACUCUGCGUGCGUGUGCGACAACCCCAACAAUCGUUCGUCGCUGCCAGCUUUGGCCGCUGCGCAUUAUUGCUUCCAGACUGCUUGGAGACUCGUGAUAAGCAUGCCACCAGCUACUCCACACAUGGACAAACUCCAAGCGGGCACAACCGCUGACCUACCAUCCCCUCUGCCGUUACAUGCGUUGAUAUGGGCACCUCGAGCUGAUAACAAGAAGGUGUUCAACCCUUGGUUGAAAGACGCGCUGGUUAAACAGGGGAUGUAUACGCAGUACGCGGAGAAUUUAUUGACUGGCGUGAGCGCUUCGUGUGAUAACAUCAAAUACACAGCUUGGUUGGCGUCAGAAACGAUCAAACAUUUGAAGCAGAAUCUUUUGUCAAGCGGACUACCAUCUCUAAUAGACGUGAUAUCAUGUGACUCAGCUCUUGCGAGGCUAAAGGUGUGUUUGGUUGAUGCGUCCACUGCAUCUGAGGCGCACCCGUUUGUGCCGCACCUCUUGGAUCUCUUGGAGACUAUACUUGAAUGCUGCAGAUUAAGCGCAACAAUGGAACUAGACAACGUAGAGGAAGCUGCUCCAACGGAAUCAGAGAGUGCGGUGUCCUCUGUGCUAUUCCAAGUGUGCGGUAAUUCCCCGGCCGUGGCCGCGGUGUGCGGGAUGGGCGCUUCGCCCCCGGAGCUGUGGGCGUGGCUCAGGGCCGAGCUGCCGCCCAACGUAGCCACGUUACUGGAUAUGUAUGCCGCCCCGCCCAGUAUCGCGGAGGCUAACUUUUCAAACCACAUCAUACCAUCAGAGAGUGCAGUACUGCAUCUCGUAUCUUUCCACUGCGUGUUGAUGAGCGGCAACCCUAAAUACAGCAUUGGAACUUCGCUCAUGAUGUUUGCGUAUUCGGCCGCUAAGCUCUUGGAAAUUGGCUCUUCGAAGAUCGCUGAUAGUGUAGAACUUACUAGAAAAACUUUGGAUCUGAUUAUACCGGCUUUGACCGAUGGACGUUUGGAGUUCCUAGCAGAGCCGUUGGCUGCAACUCUAAAUGCUAUUGUGCCGCAAGCCGUGAAAGCGGAAGAGAUAAUUCACGAACACAUACUUCGUACUACGUACCCUGUGCUUUGUGACCAUUUAAUGCCGACCACUGAAAAGACAUUGAGACAUAUUGUAAAAUAUUGGGAGAAAAUCCUGGACCGUCAAGCGGGACGCGCCGCUUACGAGUCUGUAUUCGUUGAGGACACUGACUUUGUUCUCGGCAAAAUUCUGCUCUCUGCACCUAAUGCAAGGAAUCCUUACACGGAAAGAGUUAUCAAGUUAUUCAUAAAAAUAUUUUCCGGAUGUGAAACAACGGAAAUGAGCAGAGGUCUCUGUGUCGGUGUGUGCAAAUUUAUCGGUGUUGCUGACCAACAGAAACUUAUUGCUCUUCUUGGGCAUAUCUGUUCUUAUGGACCUGCUACAUCAGCGAUCGGCACAGCGAACGCGACGCCUACAGAGACGGAAUUACCAACACCGACGUCGUCCGCGCCGGACGCGGCCGUGAACCCGGCUUCGCUCGCGAUGUUCAACGCGAUACGACGCGUGCUGUUCCGCUCCGACAGCGACUCGCCACAGCGUCCGGAAAAUGGGGCGAGGAAUGAACAGGAUCUACCCGUGUUUGAUGCGCCGUCACCUGCACCAAGAGCGCAGUCUGAGACGGUACAACCAUCGGGCAAUUCAGAAUCAUGCAGCUGGUCAGACGGUAGCAAAGAAAGUGGUCCUCCCGCGAACGGCGCACCGCCAGCGCCCGAAGCGAGUUCGCCCGUUAUUGACGGCGCAGCUAAUAAUGCUGCAUUGCUUACAGCGCUGUGCAAGCAUAUUGUGUUGCAUUGUCGCGAGGACGUAAGCGAGCGGAUGCUGCAAGCGCUCAUCACAGUGACGGGCGAAGGAACAUGCCACCCGCUGUUACUGCAAGAGAUGUGCCGACUUGCUGAUUCGCACUCGGGCACAUUGCAUAAAUUGCUGUUCCCCGCUGCCUUGACUUGGCUUGGGGCUUGUGUGAAGAAUUUGAGCAGUCCCGAAGUGUUGGAAAAACUGGAAGAAGGUUCGAUUGAGAACAAUAACCUUGGCCCACAGAUUGAAUCCGCGUGCACUCUGCUUGCGUAUCUAGGAGACGCGUUGCACGCUAUUGGUGUCGUACAACCACACACGUGGCGUUCCGUUAGUCCAACAUGGGAAUCACCUUCAGACCUUGGAUUUGACUUUGAAUACACUGAUGAACAACAAGAUGAUGACGACACGAGCGCUGACGAUUCUGACGAAGACGCGAUGCUGCAGUACAAGCUGUGCACGUUCACGGUGACGCAGCGCGAGUUCAUGAACCAGCACUGGUACCACUGCCACACGUGCAAGAUGGUGGACGGCGUGGGCGUGUGCACGGUGUGCGCGCGCGUCUGCCACCGCGGCCACGACGUGUCCUACGCCAAGUUCGGCAACUUCUUCUGCGACUGCGGCGCCAAGCCGGACUCGAGUUGUCAAGCGCUUGUGAAGCGCUCUGUGACCCUGGGUGCGGGUAGAGCGGCGGGUGCAAGCGAAGAAACGCCCCCAGCGCCGUCUCUACGCCGCCGGCCGUCUAGUCCCACGCCGCCAGCUUUUCUGGCGCCUCCUCGUAGGCCAUUGAUGGCCCAUAAUAUACAAGGCUGCCGCACGUACCUGAUGAGCUACGACAAGUGGGAGUGGUGCCUGAAGCGCGUGCGCAAGCUGGUGUGCGCGCUGGCGGGCCCGGUGCGCGCGGCGUGCGAGCGCACGGCGGCGGUGGGCGCGCACGGCCGCGCGCAGCGGGCGCUCGCGCAGCUGCACCUCGGCGAGAAGCGCUUCUCGCACACGGACGCGCUCAUGGUGCCCACGCUGGGUCCAAUUAUAGGAUCUCAAGAGGGAGCAUUUGAAAACGUGCGCAUGUCGUAUACUGGAGAAAAUGGACAAACGAUCAGGCAAUUGAUUUCUGCGCAUAAACUGCGUCGCGUCGCAAUGUGUUGUCUAGCAUCACCGCAAGGACGACGUCAACAUCUUGCCGUGUCUCAUGAAAAAGGAAAAAUUACAGUCCUUCAACUGUCGGCGUUGUUAAAGCAAGCGGACUCGACCAAGCAUAAGUUGACGUUAACACGCUUGUCGACUGCUCCGAUACCGUUCACAGUGAUCACUCUAAGCGGUAAUGUGGCCAAUGAAGAUUUGCUUGCCGUGUGUGGCCUGAAGGAGUGCCAUGUACUGACGUUUAAUAGUGCUGGUGCUAUAUCCGAGCACUUCGUGCUAACAACCGGCUUGGAGGCAAAUAACUACAUCAUAAAAGCAAUAUGGCUGCCCGGCUCGCAAACACAAAUGGCGCUGGUCACGUCAGACUUCAUCAAGAUAUACGAUCUCAGCAAGGAUUUGAACAAUCCGCUACAUCAUUUCCUUGUGCCGAGUGGAAAGGUGCGUGACGUCACAUUCGUGAACCAAGAGGGCGUGAUGCACAUGCUAUGUAUGAGUUCAGCGGGACACAUCUACUGGCAACCAAUGAGCGAGGAGUCUAGAGCUACUCUCGGCACCUUCUAUGUUACAAAUACCUUGGAAGUUUUGCACCCUGAAAUACAGGAUGUUGCUGGAUUGGUCGGAGGCGGUGGUGUGUCGAUUUACUAUUCGCAUACACUAAAGAUGCUAUUCUUCUCAUACGCCCAAGGCAAGAGUUUCCUAGCACCGCUGAAUUCAGUAGAAGAGAGUGUGAAAGGUACGGCAAUGAUAACGGUAUACGGCGGUGGAGGUGGUCCAAAGGAAGGUGGGCGUGGCAAGUCGGGCGCACAGUCACUAGUGCAAUGGUCCGAAGUCCACGGACACCCUGGAUUGAUCACCGCACUCAUGCAGGCCUCCAAUAACCCCGUAGUGCUCAUGCUCACACCUACCAACAUUUAUGUUCAGGAGAUAAAGUUUUUUUAUGCGACACUCAAGGCGUGUGGAACGGUGGUGCCUGCGAAAGCGAAGAUAACGGACAUGGUGGCGGUGCGGCACUGGUGCGCGGGCGGCGAGCAGAAGAGCACGCUGAUCCUGCUGUGCGAGGACGGCAGCCUGCGCAUGUACGCGGCGAACCCGGCGCGCACCGGCUACUGGCUGUCGCCGGCCGUGCAGCCGGCCUACCCGCCGCGGCGCCGCGCGCGCCUCGCCCGCCCCGCGCCGCACCUCGCCGCGCACGCGCACCCGCCGCGCAAGCAGCACCAGGCUGUUGCAAAGACGACCUCGAAUGGUGGACCCCAGUUCCCGAUAGAUUUCUUCGAGCAUUGCGUCGCUAUGGGUGACAUUGAGUUUGGUGGCAACGACCUGCUGCAGGUCUACAAUACGGCGCAGAUUAAACACAGACUAAAUACUACAGGACUUUACGUUGUAUCGACGAAAAUGAGUGGAUUCACCAUGGACUUAAUAAAUUCUGAUCCCAAUAUGGUUAUAUGCGGUAUUCGCGUCUUACUUGGCAGUCAGGACGCUGCCAGAACGCCAACCUAUGUUGAGAUACACGGGAGAGCAAUUCCAACGAUGGUGGUCCGUAACAGAUGGUUCGAUAUUCCUCUCACUCGAGAAGAAUCGCUUCUUUCUGAUAAAAAACUUGUUAUAACUUUCGGACCUUCUCAAGAUCCAGAUGGCGUGACUAUGGUCGAUUCUGUCAAGGUAUAUGGCAAAAAUAAAGAACAAUUCGGCUGGCCUGAAGAAAAUGAAGAUCCAUCUACGUGUCCUUCAUCCAGCAAAGUAGCUCAGGUGUCGGACGGCGCAUCGGACAUAAACAAACCGAGUUCGGUGGAACGUUUAGCGUGUUCAGCGCUUGAAGCGCUCGAGCUGGGUGCGGGUGCUCCCGCGUGUACGGGCGCGACCGCGGGCGCUGAAGCCGCUGCAGACGCGGCGCGCACGCUGCUCUGCGUGCCCGCUACACCGCUGCUGCACGCUAGAGCGCAGUGCUUGUUGCGCGCUGUGUACCAGAACUAUUAUCAUCAGUUUAAGGACCAAGCGAUCCUCCGCUACGUGUGCGCGUCUCUACGUGAAUUACGCGACACGGCAGACACGCGCUGUGUCGACCCCGAGGCGUACUUCCGGCUCGUGCUAUUAGCACGCUCGAUGGCUAUAGCGCGUCCGCAGAAUUUGGUUAAAUAUACCGCACCUACACCUCGACGACCAGCUAACGGUGACUGGUCAGUAUACUGGAAGCCAGAUUACCAAGAGGACCCGGAACGCGAGCCGCACGUGUGUGCAUUACUACUGAGCGUGCUAUGGAAGCUAGCUGCGUGCAAGAACCAAGCGCACGGACCACCUGGUGUACUGUCCUACGGGUUGAGACACGCCGAGUCCACGCUGCACGCGCUCGCUGAUACUAUACACGCGUUCCAGCUCAACGCGGACCCGGAAUGUUUUGAAUUCGGCAACCAAAUCUACCUGUCACUACUACUUGCUGAGGACCAGAGCAUCAGCUUCGGUGCUAAAGCUGCGUUAAUGAGAGUACUGCGUCCGCGGGUGAAGAGGCGACGCGUGUACAUUCCAUCACCACCUAAUACACCAGGCGCAGGAGUAUCUACCACCACUACGGCGGCUCAACCUGCGUCAGAAACGGCAGUAUCCGAGUCAGAUUUGAGCGCGAAUCGUGACGAGCAGCAAGAGCCACAGUACAUGGACGUGGAUGACUCUCUCGAGCCCAUGGUAUUGCUUGCGCCUGAUGGAGGUCUAGAAGCGUUAUUAGACAUACCUGCGGACGCGGAUGACGAAACAAUGGUGGAACUAGCGAUAGCGUUAUCUCUACAAGAGCAGCCGCGUCGUGCGCCUGCGCACGGGGCUCUAGCUCACACGCCCACUGCCCCGCCUCCGCCUGCCCCGGGCUUUAGUGAUGCUAAUGCUUCGCCUAAUGGGUCCGACGACGAAGGCAGUACAGCGGCGACAGACGGUAGCACACUACGCACGUCGCCAGCAGAAGCAGCUGGAUCCGCGGGCUCUGAGAGCGGUGGUUCUGGCGCAGAUAGUAUUGGAGGUGUGUCCGGGAGAAGUAGCGCGUAUGGCGAGAUGUCGACCGCGCACGUUAUCGCUCUGCCGCACGCCAGCGUCAUGGCCGCGCCUGUCUCUGUUACAGCCGGUCCAUCAACAUCAUCAUCUCAACCGGUAGCAUCCACCUCUCGUGCAGUAGAAGCAGAGAACGAAACCCGCAAGUUACACGCACUGCGUCUGUCUUUGCUGUCCGCUGCGUUAGACGCUAUGCCCUCUUUGAGGAAUUUAUCUGGUGUGCGGGCUAUACCGUUUGUACAAGUUCUGCUUAUGUUGGCCGGUGACUUAGACUCAAGUGUCGAAGGCGACAGGGCAGUACUCGACCGCCUGCUUGAGGUCCUCGUUGGUGAAUUGGAUAUUCAAGGAGAGGAAACUAGUGCGCAAGAACCUGGAGAGCGGCGUGACUUCCAGCUCGCUAUCAUGCGCCUUGAAAUGCUCGUAUCGGAGCUGGACGCCAAUGGCGAGGAACAAGCCACGCCCAUACAUGAGAGGACUAAUAGGAGGGAGCUCCAGCUUGUUAUUAUGAGAUUGCUGAGCGUACUAAUGGCGCGCUGGAAGACGUGCGGCACGAGCGAGGGAGCUGCGCGGGAGCAGGUAACGGGGGCUGCGUGCGCGGCGCACGUGUCGCGGCUGGCGGCCGCCGCGCUCGUGCGGGCGGGCGCGCCGCGGCACUGCUACGCGGUGCUGGCCGCGCUGCUGCCCUACUGGAAGGAGAAGACUGCCACCACAGCUACUACGACUCCAACUCAACAGUUGCUGAAACCAUUGCCACCCUCACCUCUACCGGAUAUGCAACCGUUCUUUGUCAAGGAAUAUGUUAAAGGUCACGCAAUAGACGUGUUCGACAACUACCCUCAAUUACUGAUGGAGAUGGCCUUACGACUCCCGUGUCAAAUACACAAGCACUGCGACCCGGCGCACUUUGACGCGCGCUGGCGAACUCUGCUGUGCGAGUACAUGAUGAACCAGCAGACACCGCUAAGGAAACAAGUCCGCAAACUGUUGCUGCUGUUAUGCGGCACGCGCGAACGCUACCGCCAGCUGCGAGACGUGCACGCACUGGACACGCAUCUCACCGCUGCGCGUGCGCUGCUCGCUACCGACCCCGCUUACGAUAAGCUUGUGCGGCUUAUGGAGCACCUUAAGGCGUGUGCGGAGAUUGUGGGCGCGCGCACGGGCAACUGGCAGCACACGUGCUGCACGGAGCGGCGCGAGACGCUCGGCUGGCUGGUGAGCGUGGCGCGGCGCGUGCACCCGCACGUGGCGCCCACCGUGCUGCAGCUGCUGCAGGCCGCGCUCUGCGCGCCGCCGCCCGCGCACGCGCACAAGCAGGACACCAAGACCCCAGCUGAUUGGCCUGAACGUGAACGCAGUGCUGACAGCGACGCGUUCGUUACUGAUGGAUCUAAGUUCCAAGAACAAAAGGUUCCUCAACUUGUUCAGCAGAUACUGAAACAGGUGCCUCAAGAUGAGUUGAAAUUAUUCGUCAAAGCAUUCUUGCUCGAAACCAACUCGACUGCUGUCCGCUGGCAAGCACACGCUUUACUAUUGGCUAUUUACAACAAUUCACCGCAAGCGGAUCAAGCAUCCUUAGUGUCACUACUAUGGGGAAUAUGGCCCACAUUGCCGCAGUAUGGACGCAAGGCUGCGCAAUUUGUCGAUUUGUUGGGAUACUUUACACUUAAAACUCCUAACAUUGAUAGUGAAAACUACAUAAGCAGUGCGGUAGAUCUGCUUCGCAACCAGAAUCGACUCCUAUCAUCGCACGGCAACUCUGCUUUAUACGCCGCUUUGGGAGCAUACGUAGAACUAGACGGCCACUACCUGGAGUCGGAGCCUUGUCUCGUUUGUAACAACCCGGAGGUUCCCAUGGCAACCAUCAAGCUGCCCACUAUUAAGAUCGACUCGAAGUUCACAACCACUACGCAGAUAGUGAAGCUGGUGAACAGUCACAUGAUCAGCCGCAUCAGUUUGCGCAUUGGUGACAUUAAGCGGAGCAAGAUGGUGCGGACCAUCAACUUCUAUUAUAACAAUAGGACCGUGCAAGCGGUGCAAGAGCUUAAGAAUAAACCUGGUAUGUGGCACAAAGCAAAACGCGUACAGCUACAGUCGGGACAGACCGAAGUGCGCGUGGACUUCCCAUUGCCCAUCGUAGCUUGCAAUCUUAUGAUGGAAUAUGCUGAAUUUUAUGAAAACCAACAAGCAACAGGUGAAUCUCUACAAUGCCCUCGUUGCUCGCAAUCCGUACCAGCCAAUCCUGGCGUAUGCGCUAACUGCGGUGAAAAUGUCUUCCAAUGUCAUAAGUGCCGUGCAAUAAACUACGAUGAGAAGGAUCCGUUCCUGUGUCACGCGUGCGGCUUCUGCAAGUACGCGAAGUUCGACUACACACUGAUCGCGCGGCCAUGUUGCGCGGUAGACACGAUAGAGAACGAUGAGGAACGCAAGAAGAUGGUGCAGACGAUCGGUGCGCUUUUGGAUAAAGCGGACCGUGUGUAUCGCCAGCUGAUCGCUAAUAAGCCGAUACUGGAGUCACUCGUCCACAAGAUAAGCGAGCACCGCGUGGACGGUCGGCCGGACGAGAACAGCAACACGACGAGCGCCACGUUCGGCGGCGCGCAGAUCAACCGCGUCAUACAGACGCUCGCGCACAAGUACUGCGUCGAGAGCAAGGGGCACUUCGAGGAUCUGUCCAAGAUCAUACAGAAGGUGCUUGCGUGCAGGAAAGAAUUAGUUGCCUAUGAUAAAGCUCAGAGUGAACAACAAAGUGGAGAGACGCUACCAGUGUAUGCUAUGAUCAUGCAGAACUACGAUGGCGAUCUUACUAAAGAAAGCGGCGGCUCAUGCUACGGCUGCUCGCUAGCAACAGCUGAACAUUGCCUCACACUGCUACGUGCACUAGCUUCCCAACGUGCUCACCGCGGCACGCUGUGCAACGCGGGACUCGUGCAUGAACUCGUGCACCACAACCUGCAUAGGGGCACGCCGCAGAGCCAAGAAGAAGUGCGUUCUCUAAUCUGCCUGGUGACACGUGACAACUUACCCGCCACGGAACAACUGUGCAAGCUGCUGACACAGCGUAUUACACUCUCGCUGAUGGGACAUGCCGCCUCGCAGGAUCAUAAUAACUCUGUACGGCCGCUAGUUCUGCUCUUGGGCUCGCUGGUGAAAGUGCAAGAUUCUGUCGAAUGUUGGGAAGCGAGACUGCGUUGUAUCGUGAAACUAUGGGUCUGGUGCUGUCCUCAAGUGACAGAAGUAGCUGGUAUUCCACCAGCCGCAAAUGCUAUUCUAAAGGAUGAAGCGUUAGCUGACAUACCUGGUAUAAACACCUCUUCGCCAAACUCGCACCAGUUCGCGCUGCAACAAGUGGCGCUACCUCUGCUCCGUUACAUGCAAGAGCUGAUGGCGCCCACGCCGGUCACACCGCCCGCAGUCGCCUCUACUGCUUCUAACGAUGAACAGCCUAAGGAAACUGAGGAGCCCACGGAACAACCGCCAGUGGUGCUAGCCGAGCAAACCGGGCACCUAGUAGUGGAACUAGCCGCGUGGCUAGCGGGGCGCGUGCCUCGCAGCGAGUGGCGGCGCCUCGCGGCUCGGCCGCCCCGCCCGCCCGCCCACAGCGCGCUGCCGCCGCGCGACCUGCACCUCGCGCACAAGUGCAUCGGCAAGUGGAGGGAGCGGGUGCUACUAUCGCACGGCAUGCGGCGCGUGUCCCUGGACGAGGGCGGGUGGCUGCGGCCCGUCAUGUUCGACCCGAGCUCGCGCAUCGCACGCGACACCGCCUGCCAGAUGGUCAAGUCGCUGUGCGACUCGUACGAGCGGACCAAGGCGGUACUUAUUUUAUUGACAAGCUUCUUGCCUGAAGUCGGGGCUGUAGGCGAAGCGAGUGAGCAGUUCUUGCAAUUAUAUCAAAGUCUAGCUUCAGAAGCGCCAUGGAAACAGUUCUUGGCUAUGCGUGGUGUUUUGCAGCAAAUUGCUGAUUUGAUGACCAAGGAGAUUGAUCAGUUGCAUCGUUUGGAAGAAACAACAUUAACAUCUGAUCUCGCCCAAGGAUACGCGCUCAAGCGGCUGACCGAGCUGCUGGCUAUGUUCCUGGAGGAGGGCGGAGCUCGGCGCGCAUACAAGGGGCGGCUGGUGGGCGCCGUGCUGGGCGGGUACCUGUCGCUGCGGAGGCUCGUCGUGCAGCGCACGCGCCUCACCGAUGACACGCAGGAGAAGCUGCUCGAGCUGCUCGAGGAGAUGACCACUGGUACUGAAGCAGAAACUGCUGAAUUCAUGGCGGUCUGCAUCGAAACAGUCCAAAAGUAUCCUCUCCACGACUACCGAACGCCGGUGUUCAUAUUUGAGCGACUAUGUUCUAUCAUAUAUCCAGAAGAAAAUGACGUCGGCGAGUUCUUCCUCACACUGGAAAAGGAUCCGCAACAAGAGGACUUUUUACAGGGCCGUAUGCUGGGCAACCCGUACUCAUCGCACGAACCGGGCAUGGGGCCGCUGAUGCGAGACGUGAAGAACAAGAUCUGCACGGACUGCGAGCUGGUGGCGCUGCUCGAGGAUGACAACGGCAUGGAGCUGCUCGUGUGCAAUAAGAUCAUGUCGCUCGACCUGCCCGUCAAGGACGUGUAUAAGAAGGUGUGGUGCACAUCCGGCGAGAGCGUGGACGCGAUGCGAGUGGUGUACCGCAUGCGAGGUCUGCUGGGAGACGCUACAGAGGAGUUUGUGGAGACGCUCAGCCAGACCAACGCCGAGGCGGUGGACGACGAGCAGACGUAUCGCAUGGCUAAUGUGCUUGCUGAUUGUGGUGGUCUUGAAGUAAUGCUCCAACGUCUAGCCGCCAUCCAACGCGUGGGCGGCGCACGUGCACUCGUAUCGACUCUCUUGCGCCUACUGAGCCUGUGCGUGCGCGUGCGUCGAUGUGUGCGUGUGCUAACGCGUACUAACACACGCGCGCUGCCCGUGUUGCUACACGCACUCACACUAUCCGCGGCGGAGGAGAAGGAUAUGCCCCGGGCUGAUCUCGUAUAUCAGCUUUUAGAAAUUAUGGAAAGGAUACUAACAGUAGCAGCAAGUGAAAGUUUAGAAUCGUUCUUGCAAUUCUCGCUCACUUUCGGUGGACCGGAACAUGUGCAAGCACUGCUUAAUUGUACUGAACUAACAGCGAUCCGCAACAACUCGGUCGCGCUCGGGCAUCUAAUGCGCGUACUGGCGGCACUAGUCUACGGCAACGAUCUCAAGAUGGCUAUGCUAGUGGACCACUUCAAACCGGUGCUGGACUUCGACAAGCUGGACACGGAGCAGUGGAGCGAGGAGGAGUUCCGCAUGGAGCUGUUCUGCGUGCUCUGCGCCAACGUGGAGCGCAACUCGGUGGGCGGCACGCUCAAGGACUACCUCAUCUCGCUGGGCGUGGUUCGGGAUGCUUUGGAGUAUAUUGUGAAACAUGCCCCGUGUGUAAAGCCAACUCUGGUUUGCACCGACUCAGAUGAGCUUAAAGAAUUCAUCAGUCGGCCCGCACUCAAGUUUAUCUUGCGAUUCCUCACUGGUCUCGCGUCAGACCACGAACCUACUCAGAUGUUAGUGUGCGAGAAGGUGAUCCCAAUAGUGCAUAGACUGGAACAAGUGUCGUCGGGUGAGCACGUGGGCUCGCUCGCCGAGAACCUUCUAGAAGCGUUGCGCUCGCAACCGCAGUGCGCGGCCAAAGUGCAACAAGUCCGAGAUUUCACUAGACAGGAAAAGAAGCGUCUCGCGAUGGCGGUGCGCGAGCGGCAGUUGGGUGCACUUGGCAUGCGCAGCAACGAGCGCGGCCAGGUGACGGCGCAGUGCUCGCUCACGCAGCAGGUGGCCGACCUGGCGGAGGAGGCGGGCGCCGUCUGCUGCAUCUGCCGCGAGGGCUACAAGUACCAGCCCACCAAGGUGCUAGGUAUCUAUACGUUUACCAAGCGCUGCCCAGUUGAAGAGUUCGAGCUGCGUGCACGCAAGACACUUGGCUAUACAACCGUGUCGCACUAUAACAUCGUGCACGUUGAGUGUCACAUGGCCGCAGUAAGGCUGCAGCGGGCCAGGGACGAAUGGGAGAGCGCGGCGUUGCAGAACGCGUCCACACGUUGUAAUGGACUGCUGCCGCUGUGGGGCCCCAACGUGCCCGAGUCGGCCUUCGCCAGCUGUCUCGCUAGGCACACCACUUACUUGCAGGAGUGCACCGGGCACCGCGACAUCGGCCACCAGUGCACGCUGCACGACCUGAAGCUGCUGCUGUGGCGGUUCGCGCGCGGGCGCACGUUCCACGACGACACGGGCGGCGGCGGCCCGCUGUCCAACAUGCAGCUCGUGCCCGCGCUCGUGCACAUGGCGCUCUACGUCAUCAACACAACGCGCGUGGCGGGCCGUGAGCUCGCAUCUUUAGAAGCGUACCUGGGCUGGGCGCCGCCCAAACUGUUGGAGUCGGCGCACGAGGCGGAGGGAGCGCUGUACUACGUCACGCUCAUGCUCAUGAUGUUCCCGCACGCCAAGUGGAAGUCAAACCGCGUAGAAAUGCUCAAACGCCUCAUAGUGACGGGUCACGUGCGUGCGGUAGCUGCAGGCGGGCCGCAGUUACGGGCACUGUCUUCGGAACAGAGGGCUCUGCGGCAAUGGACUGAUUACAAGGCGUAUGCCUUGAUGGUUGCGCUCGUUGAUCAGCUGUAUAUGGUUAUGUUUAAGGCCGUCCCCGCAAACAACGUGGAACAAUGGCCAGUCAAACUGGCGGAAUACAUCCGCGUGAGCGACGAAGCGAACGCGAAAGCUGCGGAACGAAUCGUCACCACACUGACCGACGAACUGCUCCCCUGCGCGUCGUUCGGCGAGAUCUGCGACGCGGCCGGGCUGCUGGCCGACAUCCCCGACCCCGACGCCUUCCUGCAGCAGGCCAUCAACGAGCUGCCUUGAGGAAGGGCCUUCGCGCCUUACUGCAUCACGUACAACGGCUGCAUGGCCUGUUGAGUGUAGUGAGGUCGACAAGGACGAUCAAUUUGUUGUGUACCCCCCGCUUUUGGCUUUGGUUUUCGCUUAAUAAAUUUUUUCGGCUUAAA